AUGCGUCUCUCCAGCUUAUUGCUGGCCGCUGGUCUUUCCAGCUCUGCACUCGCAGUCGAAGCAUCACUAGAUCCAUGGGAGAUCGACCCGAGCUGCAAUGGCUUCGAGAACGACAUCAAGGAUGCCCUGACGCAGUCAAUUGAUCUUGCUGAGGCUGCGAGAACCAGUCUUGAGUUUCUCCUUGCAAAGAUGCCGGACAGAAACUCUGAUCCUGACGGUGCUGUUAAGUGGGCGCGCAUCAAUUCUGCUGCUUUUAGCAUUUUUGGAUUCAUGGGUAACCACAAGGGCCACGAUGCUGAGACGCAGAAGUACAUUGAGGAUCUGAGAGACAUUUACGCCAAGACGGCCAACACUCUUCCCUCCUCUCAAAACAACCCCGCCAAAGGCUUCAGCCCAAUCCUCUCCCAGAAACCCAACGCCAAGCCCUUGAUCGUCUGUGGUGACGAUGUCUUCCAGUGGUACGACGUGGACCAAGAGCCCGAGCCCGGUGUUGGCAGGGUUAGAGACCAGCCAGCUGUGAGCAGCUACAUCCAGAACGGUGGCACUAUCGCUGGUGCCUUUUACCACGCCAACCGUUGGGACUUUAGACAGACCAAAGCAGCUUCUGUCGGACACUGCAUCGGCAACCGAGAGGCUCUUAUCUCGUCCAGGGAUGAUAUCUUGAUUAUCUGUCCCAAGAUGACGUCUGAUGCUGGAAAGGCGCGUACUACGCCUCGGCAGUACAAGACUUCUGCUGCGUUGGGUGACCAUAUCAUGACGAACUGGGUGUCUAACCCCACCCAGCUUUACCACGAGCUCAUGCAUUGGUUCGGUGGUGUUCAGGGCAGCAACCUACAGCACAUCAUCCAGGAUCAAGUCGCUGUUAAUGAUAAGGGCUUCUUGAGAUACAAGCACAAGGUCACAGGGGAGGUCGAAUACUACACCCGUCCUCCUUCGCAGCAAGAACUCGAUCAGAAGCAGCAGAGAAAGCAGGCAACUUACGGCCUUCGCUAUAUUAUGAACUUGGCGCGUACUUAUAAAGACAAGAAUGGCAACAAAAGCCCUUAUUCUGGUCCCAAGCUGGCUACUAAGAACGCGGACUCGUUGGCACUCUUUUCCUUCAUGAUGUACCUAGAUCAAUUUGACUGGUCCAGGGACGCUCCCGGUCCAGCUCGCUCACCAGACUUUGGACCAGAUCGCGACUGGCGAGAUUAUAGACACUUGAUCCCAACGCUACCGUCUACGCGAACUCGUGCACUUACACCGCCGGGCUUCAGUGAUGAUGAGGAUAAGAGUCUGCAGCGACCAGCUGCGACCUUCCAGCAAUCGCUCUGGUUCAAGGUGCCUGCUAAUCUGAGACGCGAUAUUCUGAGAUUGGCGUUUGGAGAUAGACGUCUUCAUAUGCAUCUCGCCUUUGACCCUUCUGUUUGUAACACAGAUCUUGAAUUGGGUGGGCUCAGUGCUCCAGAUGAACAAGCCGACGCAGGGUAUUCACAGAGGAAAGUCUGGUCAUGGAAUGGAUGCAUCUGCGUUCGAAAGUACGACCCAACGCUAGGGCCUAUGACGCGCGGAGGCCUCAAUCCAGGUCCUUGGAUCGAUCGCUGCUGUGACCCAAUCAAUGUCCCAAAACCACCGCCUGGAAAUAUCGGCAUCAUGGGUUGGCUGCAGUCCUGUCGGCAAAAAAGCUACGCAGAGGCAAUUGAUAUUCUCUACUCGACAAACACCAUUAUUAUCUCGGGCGAAGCAACAAUCACUGAACUCCCAUCGCUAAUACCCUCCCACCAUCUCGCCAAGAUAACAUCUCUCGUGAUCAAAGCCCCCAUUACCAAAGACAACGUCCUCGAGGAUGUCACAAACCUCAUCCUUCCCAGAUCCCGAUUCCUAAACCUCAAGCGUCUCUACGUCUCAGUAGAAUGGUGCGGCGCAGGUAUCUACCAUCCAGACCCAGAUGAACUAAUCGCGUCCUUCGAUACCCUGGCGCGAACAAUCAAAGACUGCUCUUUCGCUAUCCCCAUGGAGUGGUUCUCGCGUAUCUCGUGGGGUCAGAUGCGGAGCGCAACUACAGGCAGACAGAUCACUUACAGCCAGUUUUGGCGGACGCUCGGAAAUGCCGAGGGAGAUGGGGAUGGGUAUGAGGGCGGGCUUGAUGUCGUACAGCUACCUUAUGCUGAUAGCUAUCCGAGGCCUCCGUAUCAUCUGGAGAGUCCUGGUGCUGGGUAUUGGAUUCUGGAGGCGAGUGAGAUGUCGCUGAGUACGCAUUAUGAUUUUCUUACUGGACAUUACAAUGAUGACUGA